AUGGAAGUUUUUCAAGCAAGCUUUGAAGAUGUUCGAUGCAAGUGUGUCUGUCCACGAAGUUUGGAUAUUAAUGGAACGGGCCCAGUCUACAUUAAAAAUAUUGAACCAAAUAACUGCCGGUGUGAAGAUGUUGUCCCACCAAUGAUGUCUGCUGCAAGAGGUGACAUAUGCCAUUAUUGUGAAUGCAAUUAUGAGAGUCGCAACACAACCACAAUCAAGGUGGUUGUGAUCUUCAUCAUCUGCGUUGUUUCCUUGCUGUUUGUGUACAUGCUUUUCCUGCUGUGUCUUGACCCACUCAUUCAGCGUCGUCCACCUCACUACACAGAGCAUACUGAUGAGGAGGUGAAUUUGGAGGACAUGUCAGCUCCACGUGUUUCUCAGAUGGAGGCUGCUAGUGCAGCAGCAGCGGCUCGCCAACGUUCCAUCCUGAACCGCGUUACAGAUGAGCAGAAGAAAUGGAAGGCAACAGUCCAGGAUCAGAGAAAGAAUAUCUAUGACCGUCAUACCAUGCUGAACUAAAUAUAUCUUGACCAUUGUUUUAUUAUUUUAUUAUCCAUUUUUGUUUUAUUAGUUUUGUUUUUUUGUUGCUGGGUUGUUUUUUUUUUGUUGUUGUUCGUUUGCAUUUAACAAUGUUUUUUUAAAGAAUAGGGACCUGAUAGUUUAUUUCUUCUUGUUGGUAACCAUAUCUGUUUGGGUCUUUUUUUUUUUUAAACAAGGACUAACUCUGAUCAAGAGUAACUAUUUGGAUUUUUUCUAGUCAGUUAAAACUGUUUUCUCCUUGGAAAAAAUGUUUUUUGUCUGUUAUACUGUCCACUUUGUAGCUUCCAUCUACUGCCUGUUCAAAGUUUUAUUGUAGAUGUUCUCUAUGAGGCUCACCAAGCACUGAAGUUUGGUCCUUUUUUUUUUUUUAAUUUUGUGAGGUGCAUUAAAAGCUGUCUCUUAUUCAUUCUCUUUCUCUCUCUCUCCAUGAACCUCUGGUUAUGGCUGUGUGGAGCUGAUUCACAGGUACAGCAAUAAAAUUAUUCUUUCUUGGUCACAAACUUUUAAGAUUAGUUCUUGAGGGACUUUUCUUGAAAAAUAGGCUUAAGAUAUUCCUCGCAACACUGGAAAGUCAGUGAAGCUUGUGAAAUCUUUGAACCCAGCAAGCCAGAAGAAAACCUGCUGGAGAUGUGACCUAAACAUCUUUUUUUUUCAAAUAGAAAUAGUGAAAUAGCCACUAAGUAAGGAUUAUCUGUUAGAUAAUCAACUAAUGUUAGGAGGCCCAAAUUAUGUUGCUGGCUGCUGAUAGUCUGGGGAGCUCAAGAAGGAAAGGAUCAAAAGUGAGUUUAGAUAGAUUUUGAUGUGUAGGAAACUCGCUUGAAGGAUUUAAAAAUAUUUUGAAAGUGCAGAGGCUGUAUGACUGAUGAGCCUUGGAUUAGUGAAGAAUACAUCUUUAUUGACAAUUCAAGAUAAAUAACAGUAAAGACAAAGUUUUGGGGGGUUUUGGGGGAUAAAAAUUGCAAAUUACAGCCCUAUUCUCUUCAAGGAAUAACAAGGAAUAAACAAUUACAAAUUAUGGAAGGUUUUCUUUUUAAUUCAUUUUCUGCCUAAACGACAUUCCAUAAAUUAUAAUUAUUUCUACUUGUAAUUUUUACUGUGUGAAUACAUAUUUGGAGAAGAACCUCUUUGAUGUAUGGGUGGCACCCUUGGACAUUAUUUUGCAUUAUAUUUCAUAUCUGUCAACUUCCCUUGCUUGGAUGUUUGCCUCUAGAAGAUUCAUUGCUGAUCAUCUGUGCUGAUGUAGUUAGUUUGAUGUACUUAUAUAUUACAAAUGUUUCAUCGCUGUUGAUGGAUGCAGAGAGCACAAUGCAUCACAUGACAGUGUAAUAAUAUGCAUGCAGGUUGUGGUGAAUUAUACUAGGUCAUGUGGUCUGACCUAUUUGUGGAUAUUUCUAAAGAGCAGACAGUAGCAUCCAGAUAUAGGACAGAAAUUACAGAGGAUGCUAGUGAAGAUGGAACUGAUGUGGCAAGGUCAUUCAUUUCUUAUUCUUGCUCAUAAACCUUGGACUCCUUUCUGAGUUUUGUUGUGUUCACUUUACUAUUUUUCUUUGUUUUAUCUGACCUUUUUUAUCAUCUUGUAUUUUUUGCAUCUCAACUGUGACAUUUUUGUAUGGUGUUUGAAUUUUGUUCUCCCUUUUCCUGUCAUUUCUUCGAGAUUUAUUUUUUCGGUGCCUUUUGAGAUUUUUUCCCCAGACAGCUUUAAUUCUGAUUAGUCUAGAUCCUUUUCACUGUGGUGAAUAGGAAAAAGGAAAGUUCAGAACAUAAUCAUGAAAUGCAUGGGAGAACUUCAAGUAAAUACAGUUGAGAUUAUAUAACAUGUUUUUUCAGUAUCUUCACCAUAAAUCGUUUUUAGCAUUGCACUAUGACAAAUAUAAUAUACAGCAAUAACCCCAAUCCCUUAUCAUUACAUUAGUUGUAAUAUAUGGUAAGAAAAAACCCUCCCAUUCCCUUACCUGUGUCAAACCACUUUUCAUUCUGUAAUUAUUUGUUCUUCUUUCAAUUUGUGUAAAGAGUUUGGUGUGUUAAUGGUGUAGGAAGAUGCUCGGCUUUUUGAGUUGGGGGGAUAGGGGGGGUUGGGGCUGACAGUGUUCACAUUCUUGCCUCCUCAGUAUCUUUUCAGACGGGGCGACACCCCCCUAGUUCCUACGCCACUGUUUUGGUGUGUAACUUAUAUGUGCAGCAUGUUUUCCUUGCAUGCAUUUGUGGAGUGAAUGACAGACUGCUAGAGAAAAAAAAAGGAACAAAAUUUUUUUUUGCUAUAACAAUCCCAGAACUUGUACAUCAGUUGGGAAUUUAAAAAAAUACAUCAUUAAGAUACACACUGUGAUCCUUCUGUGCAAUUUACUGUGAUCUUGACAAACUCAAGCUGACAUUAUCAGCUGAAAAUUGUUUUUUUUUUUUAAAAAAACCCUUGUAGUUAUUCCCACUUAAAAGGCUUCUAUAUUUGUUGUGGACAUUUGUGCAUUUUAUCAAUUAGUAUAAAUGAUAAACUUUUCUUAAAGUACAGUUGUUCUUUAAGAAAGUAGGAAAUAUGUGUAUGUGAUGGACAUUUUUAUUGUAUUACUCAUGGAUUGUAUAAUGUAUACAGAUAGUCUGUAUAAUAAAGAUAGAGUGCACGAAAGAA